AUGCCACCACACGGCGUCUCAUGCUCACUUUAUCAUCGGCUGUGUGCUUUUUCUUCACUAAUAAAUCGUUGCUCUGUGCGUCACUUGGAAUCUCAGGCCAGCUUUGCAAAUGCUAAGAGACCCAAACAGCUUUUUGGUUUCGGCGUUGCGGCUACUGGCGCAUUAGGCCUAAAGCGCUUUAUAGUCGCGGAAGGUAACAUGCUAUUACUAAUAUAUUUGCAGACAAAUAUAGGUGCUCUCCCUCCACCCUUCACUGCAUAUUCUCCUGUCAAUCUGGUUCUUCCCGGCGUCAAGCAGUUUGAUGUGAAAAACGUUGCCUGUGGCUUCGGUUUUCUAAACAGCAAAGGCGUCUGGUCAAUUGCAUAUCCCAUGUUUGCGUUCUUUUGGUAUCUUCUGUCACUAAAGUUGUCCUGGGUUGUUAUAUUUCCCUCCUUGCAGUCGCUUCCCAACGCAGUGCAUGGAGCGACACCGUCUGGCGUUCAGUUUGAUUUGCUCCCCGAGCCUCAACCGAUAGAGCUGCCGUCUGACGAGUAUGUGCCUUUUGCUAUUGCUUGUGGGCGUGCCCACACACUGGUCGCUUGUAAACCGCGAGCAUCCGACGGCCCUCACCGCAUCUACAGUUUUGGCAAUAACACCUACGGUCAGUGUGCACGACAGGUGAUCAGGGACGAGAUUUAUUCCUCUGAGAAUGCCACCAUCACACAGGUCCCUGCUCCGGAGACCCUGACUGCUGUCAAACAGGUCGUCUGUGGUCAGGACCACAGUCUCGUCCUCACUGAAGACGGUCAUGUCUUUUCUGCUGGUCUCGGUACCGAUGGCCAGACGGGGCUGGGCAACACAGACUGUGUCGACCAGCUCACUCGUGUCAGAGGAGCCAUCAAGGACGUUUUUAUUGAGCAACUCAGCUCUCGUGGGGACACCGUUCUGGCACUGUCUCGUUGUGGUCGCCUAUUUGCAUGGGGCAACAACGAGUAUGGCCAGAUCUGGACAAUUCCCGAUGAGAUCCAGGUUAUCGAGCCCGUAGAAUUGCCUCUGCGUGAAUAUGUGGACUCAAUGGCACACCGCAUAUCGCCCUUCCCCGACAGCACGGAUUUUAAACUUGGUAACUUAAUAUCUAUCGCAUCGGCAGGAUCGAUGUGCGCCGUGGUGGACGAUUUUGGACAGGCAAGUUUAAAACUACUACUACCGCGCACUGCCACCGUUUCUGUGCUCGUUUGGGGUUUUGGUUGUCUGGGCCUCGGUCCCAAAACGUACCACUGUGACCGUCCGCGUUUGAUCCCACCGGCCCUGUUUGCCCCAACCCUGCCUCGGUCGGAGCACCGAAUUGUGGAGGUUGUGCCAGGCCUGCACCACUUCAUCACACGAUCCAAUUCCGGGUUACUCUGGUCCUGGGGUGCCCCCCGCGGUGCUGUGGGCUGUCUGGGCUUAGGGAAACUGCACAAGGAGGGUCAUCCCAUCUCUGCCAAGCGUUCUGACGUUGAAGUUCCCAAAGCGGCCCAGACCUAUCCGGCUCAGAUCUCCCUGCCCGUAGAGGUGCUGCAAGUCUCCUGCGGUGUUGAUCAUACCCUUGUUCUGGGCAAAAGAUUCGGCUAG